AUGUCCACGGCUCUGCUGCUGCUGAUGCGGACGCUACGCGCUGCAGCACCAGGCGCUCGUCCCGUGCCUGCCGCGUCCACCCAGGUACUCUUCGCCUCCUCCUCCUCCUCCUCUUCUCCUGCUGCUAGUCGCCGCGCUCGUCGUGCACGUAGAGCCGCUUUUAUGACCGACUCUCCAGCCACAAUAGACCCUCGGACACCGCUCCUUGUCGCAGAUAUUGACCGCAUCUCACGGAACGGACUAGCGCAGCGCGUGGAGAUGCCAAAGGAAAUGCUGGACCGUCUGACGACCGUCGUGCGGAGGCGCACGCACUCGCAGCUUGAAACGCUGCGGCAGAAACACGUUGGUGACCGUCGAAAUACGCGCCAAGUGCCGCUGGACAUGAGCAAAACGCCCGUUGGCUGGACGAUGGACCAGACUCCACAGAUCCCUCCUUUUGCCUAUGGACCGAGUGAGACGUUGGCGUACUUGGCUUUUGAGAUUGAAGCCACGUUCGCGUGCACUCACGCGGUGUUCACAGAGCUGCAGAAGCGACUGCCAGAGUUUGCACCAAAGUCCGUCCUGGAUUUUGGAGCGGGUCCGGGUACAGCGUCGUGGGUGGCCAAGAGCUUUUACGGCCAAUGUCUGGACAAGUAUUGUGUCGUAGAGCCCAGUCAGUCCAUGGUGGACGCUGCUGAGGUCCUGCUGGAAGACUUUGCUGGAUUCAGUGUGCGUCGCAGCAUUGCAGACUUGUCACGAGAUAUUAACGCAGGCAAUAAGUACGACCUUAUUGUCGUAGGUUACGUCUUCUCUGACAUUACCAAUGACUUUGAGCGAGUGGCGACAAUGUCGGCGCUGUGGGAACUGCUUAGUGACAACGGGUGUCUUGUGGUCGUGGAUCGUGGUAGUCCGUGGGGAUCACACCACGUGCGAUCGGCCCGUCAGUUCGUGCUUGACUUUGUGGCCGAAGAGGAGAACGAGAAAGAAGGCGUACACAUUGUUGCACCUUGUCCGCAUCACUUUGAGUGUCCUGCAGCAGGAAAUACAUGGUGCCACUUUGUCCAGCGCUCCCCUGUCGUCAAUCGGCCACGGGAGGCCACUACUAAGCGUUGGCAUGGUCAGAAGGGCUCCAAGUUCUCGUAUGUGAUCCUGCAAAAGACUCGUAAAAGUAGCGAGGAGGCUGACGCUGCUGAGAAGAUGCCGUUUGCGCGCAUGCUUCGAAGUCCUCUGCUUGCCACUCGUCACGUGCACCUGGACUUGUGUACUCCGGAGGGAAAACUCAAGCGUCGCAGUGUUACGAAAGGCAAGGCUAUUCGCGAGGUGUAUCGCGCAUCGCGAAAGGCGCACUGGGGAGCGGUGUGGCCAGCUGACGAGACGAGUUACCUGAAGGAUAAGUAA